GCUGGUAUUGUGACGUUUCGCUAUACUUAUAUAAACCGUAAAAAAGAAGUUGCUUGAAACUUUUGCAAACCAAGUGGGCUAAAUGGCAACAUUCGUCAAAAUUUUGAUUGGGAGUAUUUUGGCUGCUUAUUUAGCUAUGAAAUGGACUGCACCUAGUUUUCAUCCGGAAUCUCUCAAAGGUGCCAGGGUGUUGGUCACCGGGGCCAGUUCAGGCAUUGGUGAACAAAUGGCGUAUCACUACGCCCGCUUUGGAGCUCAGAUUGUCAUCACAGCAAGGAGGGAGAAAGUUUUACAGCAGGUAGCUGAGAAGUGUCUGAGUCUGGGGGCUCAGAAAGCCCUUUAUAUACCAGCAGACAUGGCCAAUGAGUCUGACCCUGACAGGGUGGUCGAUUUUGCUCUGGAGAAACUGGGAGGCUUGGACUACCUGGUUCUCAACCACAUUGGUCCGACUACCUUUGGCAUGUGGGAGGGAGAUGUGGAACAUACCAGGUGGUUAAUGAAGGUCAAUUUCUUAAGCUACAUUCAAAUGGCCUGGAGAGCUUUGCCCUCUCUUGAGCAAAGCAAAGGAUCUUUGGUGGUUGUUUCAUCACUUUUAGGUAAAAUGCCGAACCCCUUCACGCUGCCAUACAGCUCAACAAAAUUUGCCCUAAAUGGAUUCUUCGGGUCCCUUUAUCAUGAGCUGGCCAUGAAGAAAAGCAAUGUGUCAAUCUCAAUAUGCACCCUGGGGCUUAUUGAUACUGAUUCAGCCAUGGACAAAGUCAGGUUUGUCAAAUAUGCAAAAGGGCGUUACAAAUAUACCAGCCUACCCCGCCACAGAGGCCGCAUUAAAUAUCAUCAUCACUGGAGCAACAAGACAACUGGACCUUUACUAUCCGUGGUUCACACAAGUCAUAACUCUAAUAAAAGACUGGUCUCCUUCAAUAACAAACUACUUCAUCCAGAACUCCUACAACUACAUUCCAUGAACAAUAUUUGUUUGCAGCAUUAAUGCUUUUAUGGACGUACAUAUGUGUUUAAUUUUGUGCUACAAUAUCGGCACAUUAUAUGAUUAAUCAGACAGCUACCCUUAUUUGCUUUCAGUUUGCACAUUGUGUUGUUUUUAAUCAUAUAAAUAAAUAAAAAAAUCACAUUUUUGCAAAACAGACAUCUCAAGCAAACUCAAAAUUUUGGUUCUGUUUGAAACUUUACACGAGGAGUAUAACAUCUGCUCAGUGCAGUUGCUCAAUUUGAACCCAAAAUGAUGAUGGGAGUAGAAAAAAUAAAAUAAAUUGAUCCAUUCACUGUUAAGGUGAAAAGCAACCUGAACCAUAAGUUCAGA